AUGUUCAGGCUCGUCUCGGAGGUUGCGCACGCUGGGCGACUGUUGAGAGUAGCUGCAGGGAACAACGCAUCAAUUCAACGGCGCUGGCUAUCGAGUUCAGUUAGUCGAUGCAGUGCACACAUAUCGCACUUUCCCGGUGCACCUCAAAGCCCUCUCACAACAGGCCUGCACUUCACUCCACCAGCAGCGUUGGCUCCUAUUCCAGUAUACCGCGUAUUGGAUGAAAAUGGCAAAGUUCUUGAUGAGACUGGCAAUGGAGUGUCGGAUAUCACCGACGAAGAAGUCCUGAUCUGGUAUCGAAACAUGUUAACAGUCAAUAUUCUUGAUUCCAUAAUGUUUGAAGCCCAAAGACAAGGACGAGUUAGCUUUUACAUGGUAUCUGCUGGAGAAGAAGCCGUCACGGUGGGCUCGGCAGCUGCCCUCGGGCCACGGGAUAUCAUCUGCACCCAGUACAGAGAACACGGUGUCUUUCAACAACGAGGCUUUACGUUGAAAGAUUUCAUGAGUCAGCUGUUUGCUACCCACAAUGAUCCGGGGAAGGGAAGAAACAUGCCCAAUCACUACAGCGGAAGAACUAAAGUCGGGGUGCAUGCUGUUGCCUCAACUCUAGGAACACAGAUCCCUCAUGCAGUAGGUGCUGCUUAUGCUCUCAAGCUCGACGCUCAAGAGAAUCCUUCCGAUACUCCCAGCCUUGGUGUGGUGUACUUCGGAGAAGGAGCAGCCAGCGAGGGGGACUUCCAUGGCGCCAUGAACCUUGCAUCUGUCAAAGACUGCCCAGUUCUCUUCAUGUGUCGCAAUAACGGACUUGCGAUAUCCACUCCAACCAAUGAGCAAUACCGCGGUGAUGGAAUCGCGAGUCGUGCUAUUGGUUACGGCAUGGAGACAAUCCGAGUCGAUGGCACGGAUAUCUUUGCGGUCUACAAAGCGACAAAGGAAGCACGACGAAAGGCACUAGAACGAAACCGACCCAUUCUACUGGAGUUUAUGAGCUAUCGUGUCUCUCAUCACAGUACAAGUGAUGACAGCUUUGCUUACAGAAAGCGAGGAGAUGUGGAAACGUGGAAACUGAAGCACAACCCAAUCUCGAGGCUAGGAAAGUGGCUGGAAGCCAAGGGUAUCUGGGAUGAAGAUCUGGACAAGAAGGCCCGGAGCGAGAUAAGACGAGAAGUUCUCCAAGAACUCGCUGCUGCGGAAAAAGAAAAGAAGCCUACCUUGAAAAGCAUCUGGACUGAUGUGUAUGCUGAGCUCUCAGAGGAGCAAGAGGAACAACGGAUAGAGCUUAGAAGGCUGAUGACUGAGUACCCGGCCGAGUACGAUGUUGACGGUCAUGCAGAGGGGAUUAAUGGCCUAUGA